AUGGACAAGCUCAAAGACAUCGGCAAGAAGGUCGAGGCCAAGCUCGGCGAUCAUCCCAAUGUCAAUAACGACCCCAACAUCCAGCCUUCGUCUGGGGUUGAAGAUGUGAAUAGCGGCCACAACCCGGGCAAGACCGGCACUCAGAAUCGGAUCGAAAUGGGUCAAGGAGGCGAGCACGAAAAGGAGACGAUUCGAGCCGGAAGCUUCACCGCCCCUGAUACUGUGUCUGCUGCGACGGCUAGCGGCGUGUUGGGCGACAAUCGAACGCAGAAAUAA